AUGGAGGGAUCUUCAUCCCGAAGAUCUCGCUCGCGAUCUCCGCCUCGACGAGCGCCCAAGGGCAGCGGCGGAUUUCGCUGGAAGGAUAAGGGCCGCUCAAACGACGACGGCCGCGACAGCUACGAUUCAAGGAGAGACAGAUUUCGCGACCGGGAUCAAGGUCGGGACAGAGAUCAAGGUCGAGAUAGAGAUCAAAAUCGCAAUAGAGACCGGGAUCGGGAUCAAGGUCGAGGCUAUGGAGGAAGACAACAACGGGACUUCCGUGACCGCUCGCGCGACCGUGAUCGUGACAGAUAUGGUGGCCGUGACAGGAAUGAAGGUCGACCAAGAUCGCGGUCUCCUCGACGACGCGAACCGGGGCCAAGAGACGAACGCGAUGAGGCGAAAAGAGACACCGGUGAUAGAAAGGACAGAAGAGAAAAAGAAAGGAAGCCCCCCAAGGCUGCAGCGGCGGCGGCGGGUCAAGAGUUCAUCAUCGUCCAUGUCAAUGACCGUCUCGGCACCAAAUCGGCCAUCCCAUGCUUGCCUUCAGACACUGUUGGGCAGUUUAAGCUCAUGAUUGCGGCGCGCAUUGGACGAGAGGCGGGACAAAUCAUGCUGAGGCGGCAGGGUGAACGGCCUUUUAAGGAUCACAUCACGCUGGAGGACUAUGGUGUUUCGAAUGGAGUGCAGCUGGAUCUCGAGGUCGAUACCGGCGAUUGA